UUCUGUCUGUACUGUAUCUCCCAGCUUUGUUUUUUAUUUUGUCUAAUUAAGAUACUGUAAAUGGUGGUUGUUGAACUUUUUUGGUAGGCCUACGUUUGUUUUUGUCGAAUUGCCUCCUAUAGUAUUAUAUCACUACUAAAGGAAUGAAUGAAAGGAAUAAAUUGAAGAAGCAGCUCUACAAAAGACAGUGAACAUGGAUACAAGUAAAGAAACAAGUGAUGCAAGUUUUGCAGAACUUAAGUUACUUGUGUCAAAUUGGUAUGACAAACACAUAUCUAUCAAUAUGCUGAAAGUAUUGUACAGGGACCAUGUAAAAGAUAUUUUUACAUUACACGAGUCUUCUAAGACAAUACAAUUAAUUGAUUUGCUGAUUGGUUCUGGAAAUCUGAGUCCAAAUAAUCUCACUCUCCUGUAUGAUACUAUUAAGGCAACAGAGCAAUUUGGUCUGGAACAAGAAAUUCACACUAAAAUGCCAUCAUUCAAAAUUUCCAAAAGUAUCAGGGAUAGUGUAAUUACGAAAUUCACACCACAUCGGCAAAGACUUGUAAAGCUGGGAAUGGCGCUCACUGCAAGUGAUGUACAGAACAUUAGUGAACUUUACAAAAAGAAACACACAGAUAGAUGGAGUUUGAUUAUGGAUCUAGAACACAGCAUGGUCAUUUGUGAAGAGAACAUGACAGCAUUCAUUGAAAAGUUGAAGAAACACGAACUUUACGAAGCUGUCAAAGCUUUAACAGAAGACAUUCCAAAGCCAUCUUCAAACUCAUUACAUACAAGUGACAUCCAAAAUGCAUUUUCAAACUCAGGGCAUAGAUGUGGUGAAGAUAUUCAACUGACAUUAACCCAGCGGAAGCGAAAGAAAAGGGAAAGUGAUGAUGAGGAUGGAUCAAAUGAAGUGGAUCCACUUGACCUAGUUAAUCAACUCACUAAAAAUAAGGGCAAUAUGAAAAUAAAAGAUGCUGAAGAGAUUUCAUCAAAACUUGAAAAACUUAAUGAUUAUUUCAAGAAAAUAUGUAUAAAAUUAAAUGGAAUUGAAAAUGGAUCUAUAGUAUUUCAUCUAUCUGUAUAUGAUCCCAAUGCUUUGAUGAAUCUAUGGGAAAUCAAUAUUAGCGGGAAACUUAUCAAAGAUUUGGCACAAAUAUUAGCCCAAGAGAAACAGCAGGAGUUCUUGGAUGAAUGGAUGACAUGUAUCGAUGAAAAUGAAUACAAAUCUGCGCUCACAAAGCUGCAAGAAAAUGGUCAAUGCAGUUCAAUGUUUAGUAUCAUAAGUGAUGAUAUUGACUGGGAGAUAGAACUGAUAAAGGACUUAAACCGAAUAAGACCAGAAUUAAAGUUCACCAUCAUGAAGAAGUGGCAAGUAACCAAGCCGCAAACUAUUGAUCAUUUAAUAGGAGAAAGCAGGAAAAUAAUCAUUGCAUUUUCAGCAAGACCACUGAUGGAUUAUUCCAAGUAUGCUGCACACAGUGUUGUUAUAGAAAUGCUGGAAGCAAAAACACUUGAUGAUGCUAAGAUAAUACCAGUCAAAAUAUCAGAAGAUGCUAUUGUACCAUCUGAGUUUGAAUCAUUCACUUUGUUGAAUUUUGUUGAAGAAAAAUUCAUUGAUAAAUUAUUAGAAAAUUGUGGUGCAGACAGUAAAUCUGUUGUAUUCCAUCUUUCUGUGUCUGAUGCUAAUGCACUGGAAAAUCUACGAGAUAUACAUUUGAGUGGUGACCUCAUCCAAGAAUUAGCGGGAGUAUUGGUACCAGUAGAUCAACAGGAGGUGUUUGUUGAGAGAUGGUCAUCAGGAUUAGAUGAGAAGCAAUACCAAGCUGCUCUGAGUAGGCUGAAGGCAAAAGGUGAGAGAUUAUAUUGGGGCUCAUAUCAUCUCUGUAUCGUAAGUGAUGAUAUAGAGUGGGAGACUAAGUUGAUGGAGGACUUACAACACAAGAGACCAGAACUAAAGUGCACCAUUUUGAAAAAAUGGAAGCCUGAAACUAUUAAUAGUGUAGUAAUAGAGAGCAGAAGAAUUAUCAUUGCAUUUUCACCAAAACCAUUGAUGGAAUAUUCUAAAUAUGCUGCACACAGUGUUGUUAUAGAAAUGUUGAAAGCAGAAACACUUAAUGAUGCUAAGAUAAUACCAGUCAAGGUAUCAGAAGAUGCUGUUGUACCAAUUGAGUUUGAAUCAUUCACUUUGGUCAAUGGCUAUGAAGAAAACUUUGUUGACAAAGUUCUGGAAGAUUUAGAUGAGUGUGCAAUAAUGGAGACUCAAAAAAGUGACAUGCCUCAUGUGUCAUCCAUUAAGACCUUUAAAGGAUCAUCUGAAAAAUUGUCAAGUGAUGAAAUCAAGACACAGCUAGAGGAAACAAGUGAAAAUGAAGUACACGACUUUUAUGUGAUUAGUGACGAUGCUGAAUGGGAGCAAAAAAUAAUUACCGAGUUGAAGAAAAGGAGGCAAGGAAUACGGUGUAUUAGCAGAAGUGAUUGGAUUCCUGGAAAAUCCAAACUUCUUAAUUUGAUAGAACCAGUUAAAAUUUGCAAGAAGGUUGUUGUGGGAUUUUCACCAUCACCUGGUAGUACUAGUACACAUUAUCUGGCAGAAGUUCUUUUUCAAAAAAUGUUGGUUGACAAUAACUUUGGCAAACUUAUCCCUGUCAAGAUAUCAAAAGAUUCCAUGAUACCAGAAGGGCUAAAUAUGUUGACUUCAGCAAAUGGAUGGGAAGAUAACAUUUAUGAGUUGUUGUUGUGUGCAUUACAUGAAGAAAAAUCACAGGCAACGUACGUUCACCACACAUGAGCAAGAUUGCUGCGGGCAAGGCAUGGGACACACUAAAGGGAACCAAAGAUGAACAAAUUUUCUGUAAAAUUCAUUCAGCUAUUAUAGAGGAAGAAAAGUAACUUAAGACAAUUCAAGAAGAAAG